ACACAUAAACUCAUGCAUACGUUAUACACCAGUCUGGAGAGUGAUGAAUCAUCAUCAAACGCGACUAUAUAAGAUAGUGUAGUGUUACACUCAAGUAGACCUUGAACACUAGAAAAUUCGUGUGAUGAUCGGGGGUAAAAUAAAAGCCUAAUAUUCUGUUGGAUUCAAACCAAUGGCCUUUGAGUUACCAAUCUCUUGGUCUACUAACUUAACUACUAGACCCAGUGUGAAGGUCAUUCAGCAAAACAAGUUUCAUUGAAGGUGUAGUGAACAAGAGAAAAAACGAUUCCCUCAGCAUAAACUCAAUCAAACCUUUAUUGUCUUAAGGAUUGGGAACUACUUUCACUAGGGUGCAAUCACAUAAAUCUAUCUUAUGAAGGUUUAGAAAAAACAACAAAUUCUAAUAGUGAAAACUUUAAUCCACCUAGCAAAACACCUGAUGGACCAUCUACUCAUGCUCAUGUAAAUCAAAUAUUUCUUAAUCAACCGCCAAGUCCAAGUCUUCCAACAACUUUAUCCUCAUCUCGUUUACAUUCACAAUCAUCUGUAUACUAUUGGACAGGAAAUUCUUCCAGUCCAUCUUCACCUAAUCAUGGUGUAAAUGUAGCACAUAUGACAAGUUACCCGCCUCCAUCAUCAUCACCAUUGACAACGUCAACAACAACAACAACAAUAAACAAUAAUGGUAAUCAUGUUGAUACAACCAAUUCAUCGUAUGCUGCAAAACCUCCUGCUCCAAAUACUUCGUCAACACGCCUACUGAACAAAAAUCCACUGGUCACUUUGAAUGGAAAUAGUGCUAACAAUGUCGUCAUUCAUAAACAGAUGUCUAGUAAACCGUCAAAUCAUGUGUCUUUCAAUCUGCAGAAUUCUCAAGAAGCCACAGCUGAAAAUGACUUGAGUAGUCUACUCAGAGAACUUGAAGUGGUUGAAGAGAAAAUGAAAGAAUUAGAACAAGAGAAUAAUCAAUUUACUAGACGCUACAGUCUCGCAUCAUCUUCGAAUGGGAAACGUACAAACUACCCUGUUUCUGAACAGUCUACAGUAGAAAAUCCAACCUCUACUGCAAUUAUCAUUGACCAACCUGUAGUUUCCCUUUCAGUCCCAGUUAGAAAAGGAAGUUUAAAUAAAGACAAUGGAUUUCAUUGUACAGAAUGGGCUGUUAAAUUAAACCAGGAUGAAUAUGAUGAGAGUAGAUUUAUGAAAAAAGACUCCUCACCGUCACCACCUCCUCCACCGCCUGCAUUUCUUGGAGCUGGUGAUGCAUGUGUAAGUCCGACAAAUUCACCGCCGAGUUCUUCAUACUCUCCACAUUCACAAUUGGUCCAGCAGUUACAUAAUACACAUCAACAAAUACAGCAAUCCCAUCAACAAAACCAACUAAGACAUGAAGGACCCUGGCGUGUAUUACCGUCCAACAAUCCAGUGAAUGGAACAAAACUACAUCCAGUAAAUUCAUGUGAUAACAGUUUCGAUGAUAAAGAUCGGCAAGUAACUCAACCGCAUAGAACAUCUCAGCAAGCCCCAGUGUACAAUUCACAUUCAUAUCAGAAUUUCGAAACUCAAAAGCAGCUCAUUAACGAGUUGAGAGGACUGUACAGGAAUUCAAGCACAAAAGCACAAUCACAGUAUCCUAUUGAAUCCAAUCUCAGAAAACAAAUGAAUUAUCCGAAUGCUUCACCUAGUUCAUCACCUCCUGAUAAUUAUCGACAAAACGUGAACUCUUAUGCUCUGACAUCAGCAUCCGACCAACAUGAUUUCGAUAAAACCAAUAGUAAUAAUAAUAAUAAUAAUAACCACACAUAUGUCAGUUCAAAAAGUUCAGAUGUUUAUCGUUCAUAUGGAUCUUUAAUGACAAAUCAAGGGACAAAUAACUCUGAUCCAGGAAUAAUAAAGGAUGGAGAUUGUGAAGAUGAUGAAGAAGAAAAUAUCACUGUCAGUGGAAAUGGUAGUUGGACACCUGAUCAAAUUUUUAUUCGACGUGAAUGUUUAAAGGCUAAUUCAUUAGCUGCAAGACGAGGUGGUAGUGAUGGUCUAUCGAAUUCAAUGAGUCCUGAGAGUUCAUUAUCAGAUAAAUCAGGAUCAGAGGCUAAUGAACUGAAUCGUCUUCAGAUGUCGGAUAGUUCAGAGAGUGGUAAGCAAAACAAUAAAUUGGUUGUACGUGUUUUCCGUCCGGAUAGGACAACCAAAGCGAUAUUAAUUGACCAUCAUAUGACUGCUGGUGAAGUUGCUAGUAUGAUGAUUGAAAAAAAUUUCUUACAACCAUCUGUACAUUUAACUUUGGUAGAAAAAGUUCCUGCCUUAAAAAUAGAGCGAGUUUUUGAAGAACAUGACCUGUUAUCUGAUUGCAUUCUAGCAUGGCCGACAAAAAGUCAAAAUAUGAUAUUUUUUGAGGAACGACUUGAUCAUUUUGGUCUUCUUGAAUCUCCUGACCACUGGAUUGGUGAAGAAAGUACCUCGAAACAAGCUUUCCGUAGCGCUGAAGCUAUUCAGACCAUGCUGAAUAAUAUUGAUAGUAAUGGCUUUCCUGAAUGGCGCGAUUACUUGUUUAUACGAAAACCUGGUGAUAAAUCAUGGUCACGUCGUCUGUGUGUUCUAAGAAGUUCUGGUCUAUACACUUCAAGCAAAAACAAAAAGUCUUUCUCAUCCACAGAUCUUAUUCGUAUCCUGGUUUUGGAUGGGCCCUUAAAACUAUAUACUACAACUGGAGGUUGGUCACGCAUGCGUGCACCUACACCGCAUGGUUUCGCAUUUAAGCCUUACUCAGCGCAAGAUCCAUCCUCGAUGCAUGUGUUCUGCUUUUGUGCAACUGAUGAAAAGGCAUUACGUCAUUGGAUUAGUCGAUUGCGUAUAGCUAGAUAUGGAAGACAGUUGCUGACCGACUAUCAUAUGGCUCUUAGUCGCGUUCACCAAUUAAUCAGUCUUCGUAAUCAACUAAGCAUUAAUUCAAAUCGUUCAAGUAAUGCUAUGAUAAGUGUAAACUUACAUCCUAAAUCAUCUUUUGAUUAUCUUUCACAAUCAUCAUCAUCGAUACAUGCACCUACGGGAAGUUCAAGUAGUCUUCUAGUUUCAAGUUCUUCUCCAUCAGUUUUCCCUCGAGGAGGUGAUCCACGUUAUUCUGAAAAUUUUCAGGAUCAUCAUCAUCAUCACCAUCGACAACAACAACAACAAUACUCGUGCAGUAGACAAUCAUUACAUCCAAAUAUUCAAUCAUCAUUUUCAAUACGUCCUGUUUCUCCUCUGAGUAUUAGAGCAAGAAUGAUAUCCGAUUGUGAUAAUUCCUACCUCGUAAAUAUGAAUCAUUCUUCAGAACAAAUAAAACAUCAAAGUAAAUUUACACCGAACAUACAACAUUCUUCAGAUAGAUAUAAGUAGUAAGAUAGAUACAAGUCGUACAAAUAAUAUAUCCGUUCAAUAAUUCAAAGCUAAAAUUAUCUGAACUACUUGUGAUAAUGGAAGAAAAAAAUAAUUUUGUGAUCUCAAUAUCUAAAGAACAGACACACACACACACACAAAAUCUACGUGAGAUUUCUGUGUACACAAAGGAGGAAUAUAAUAAACCUUAAAGUUAUUUCUCUUUUCAUGUGUACUUCUUAUGUAUCUCUUCUCUUUUUCUUCCCUUGUUUAGAUGAUUUCAGAAAGUGAACAUAUACAAUCAGGUUGGAGUUUCAAAGCAUUUCUUUUUGUUCAAAAUCAAAAAAUUACCUUACUUCUUUCCUAUCAACAAUACAUUUUUUUAUUGUUACCAAUCAAAACUGUUACAGUCAAUACAGAUAUCCACUCUUUUUAUAACAGAAUUAAAUUGAUAAAUAUUCAGUUUAUGCACUUUUCUCUUUAAAGGUUAAAAACCUUAUUAUCUUCACAUAUACAUAUAAAGGUGAUUAUACAUAAAUAUUAGCGCCAAUUAGUUUCAUUUCUUUUUCACAUCAACUUACCAUAACAAAUUAUCAUUCUAAAUCAACUGACAUCACCUUGAAAUAUAUAAUUUUCAAAUAAGCACUUUACUGCUGAAAUCAAAUUUAAGUAGUAUACGGUGGUUAGACGAAAGUUUUUGAAGAAGAGUAGAUACUAACCAAGAUUCACAAAAUUUGAAACGUAAAUCAGCAAUUAAAAAUUUAAUUGUAAUUGUUAAUAUUGUCCCAAUCUUCAUCAGGUUCACUAUUUCAGAGAUCUACACAAAUUAAUCUAAUGGAUAAAUUAUUAAAGAAGAUUAAAGUUCUCAUGAUUUUGAGUUUUCAUUGUUUUUAUAACAAAAGAAAGCAAUAAAAAUACUUUCACUUCAUGUUUAUUCAUUUACUUUCGUUAUUGUACAGUUUCAUUAUUGAAAAAAAAAUACAUACUUGAUAGAAUAC